GGAGUUGUUUUGUGUGGUGAGAUUUCUGUGGUUGCUGCCGCCGCAGCUUGCAACGCCUGCGUCUGUUCAGUUUUUCUCAGGCUUUCCCGUUCAUUCCGUCGUUUUUCCCUGGUCCGGGCCAUUUGAGAUUCUCAUUGCGGAUACGUUUUUUCACUUGGAGAUCUCGAAAGCCACUCGUUAGUUGACGACAUGAUAUGAUAACGAGAAUCUGUUUUGUGUCGAGGAGUUAAGCGAUCGCAAACGAGGAGCGAGUAUCGAAGCAUCGAGAGUCGAAUUGAGGUCACUUGCACGGGUCGGACUUGCAUCCAAGUGUCCGGGAUGAUUUAGUGCACCACACGCGUGAUUUGCUUGCCGAGAAUCCUUGAAUUUCGAGCAAAAUGUUUGUGAGACGCAUCUGAUGAUACUCUGUCCCGAGGUGAUCCGUAACGGAGAAGUGAAGUGUUUUGUGGUCAGCGACGAUUCGAGCGUGACGAUUUACGGACGAGCUGCGAGGUUUCAGUGUGAAAAAGGGCACUUAAGCCAGUACUUGCAUUGGUGACAAUAUUCAAGGAGAUGUUGUGUACCAGCCCUCCCCCGCCCCCUUCAAGUCCAACCGGUUCCGAAAUCUCUGUCGGGGCGCCAAGUCCACCGCCGCCCGAGCGCAAUUGUGAUGACUAUUUUCGCCCCUUGAAACGGCUAAAAAUGAUUGACUCUAACCGUGAACGUUCAGUGAGCCCGCAGAAACCACCCAGCAAUUCGAUGGAGGGCGUGAAAAGUUUCUCAAUCGCCGACAUCCUUGGACACGAGUCCAACAACCGAACAGAGCACCAUCCGCACCCGCAAUUCCAGCUGAACAACUACCCGCAUCUGACGCCCACGAAAAUCGUUCGCCCUUGGGACCACCUAAGGGGUCCUGUACCCGUCCGACCGUUCCUGCCACCCGCCCUCCUCCACUAUGAACACAGACUGGCCCUAGACUAUCAGAGACAAUUGCAGGAACACCUCAACGCCCAGGCCCAGCUCCUGCGGCAUAUGAGCAUGGAAAUCAUCCCCUCGGAAAGUGGAUCGGAACGUUCUAGUUCCGCGGCGAGCGAUUGCUGCUCGCCGGAAAUCGGUAACAGGAUCUCAUCGUCCGGCGAUCAUCAUGUGCACCUCCAUCACGGGUCAGUGCAUCAAAGGCAUUCCCCGAGCAGUGGUAGUGGCGGAGGCGUGAACAGUGGGAGCGGUAGUGGCGGAAGUCAUAACAGCAGCAAUAGCAGCUCGUCACAGCAAAAAACCAAACCGAACGGGACACCGUUGGACGCACUGUUCCAAAUGACCAACAAGAAUUUCGACGAAUCACAAGGUGAAGAAGAUGAUAUUUCUUCAGAUCAAUCCCACCUGAACCUAUUCGCAACCAGGCCACAGCCAAAGAAGAAACGGAAAUCCCGAACAGCCUUCACCAAUCAUCAAAUUUUCGAAUUAGAGAAACGUUUCCUCUACCAAAAAUAUCUAUCACCUGCUGACCGUGAUGAAAUCGCAGCAGCUUUAGGACUUUCGAAUGCACAGGUCAUUACUUGGUUCCAAAAUCGACGUGCAAAAUUAAAGCGAGACAUGGAGGAGCUAAAAAAGGACGUGGAGAGCGUCAAAGCACUGUCGGCACACAAGAGCUUUCUAGAGAAUGUCAGCGAUUUUACCAUCCUGAAAAAGAAACCAAUCCAAGAAACAGAGACCAGCAGCCCCCAAAAAUGAGGGCUUCAAAGAUUCUACUGUGAUAAGAUCACGAUCUAAAUCUAAAAUGAAUACGCAUUCGAUGGAUUCAGUCUCAUUGGAAUGUCGCGUUCGAGUCAAAGUUCAAUAGCUCCCAGUAUGUGACAGUGUUCAAGGUCCAGAACCAAUUACUCCUAGGGAAAUGUAUAUUACUGUAAAUAUUAGAAUUAGUUAUUGAAAAUGUUAUUAUUUAUCUGAAUAUAAUUAAGUGGAAAUGCAAUUGUAAAUAUUUAUUUGUGUAUGUACUACUUUAGAUACGAUACGAGCAAACGUUGAACUAUUGUGUAUUAUGUCCUUGAAAAGUGUGCAAUUUGAAAUUGUUGAACUGCGUUUGUCUGACUACCUAACUGGCUCAAUGGGAGUUUCCUUUACUUACACUGAAAUUAAGAAACAUCUUUAAUUCCUCCGUAUUAUAAUAUUUAUUCCGGACCUUUAAAAAAAAUGUCUUCGACCCAUACCUAUUUGAUCCUGUACAAAGUGAAAUUAAUUUGUAUGAUUCUGUCUCCUGUAAUUUGUUUGCAUGUUUGUAUGUCAUACAUAUUUGCAUUUUAAUGUUUGAUGAAACGCAAACCUCAUACGAUAUCUGCGGGAAGCACUAAAAACUUAAAUAGUUUACUGCAAAACCCUAAGUACUAUCCAAACUUAUCUCAAAACAUUCAGAUAUUUCGAAGAUACCAACCGGCCGCCUGAUGAUUAGAAGAGUAAUAACCAGCUGCCUUCCAAACUUCGUAUUCCCAAUUACAGAUCUCAGAUACUUUCCUAUAAUUUUCAUCUUCCUUCCACUAAGAAUCUGAAUUGUAUUCAUAUAUGCAGAAAAUAUAUCUUCUUUUUUUUGUAAAACUUAUUUUAAUUUUCCUUCAAUUGAUCCUUUUUUAGUUGAAACCUGGUUCGGUGAAAGUUUCAGGUGAUCAGAAUGACUUUACAAAUAUUUAAAUUAGGCAUUGAACUUAGUGUGAUCAUAAACAAAUGCGAAAUCAGGAACUUAAAGAGAAAAUAUCUAAAACUUAAUUGAAGAAUUUAAAAUAUAAAAAAAUGUCAGUAGAUCUAGAUAUGCGAAUGUGAAUAAAUAAUGUUAUGUAAUAAAAACUACACAAUAUUACUUAAGAAAGUGUACAUUUUUACAGUGUAACAGUGUAAGUACAUUGGAAAUAUAUGAAAACUGUGAAAAUUACCAUGAAAAAUUUACUGAAUUUGCUUAAUAUGUAAAAUAAUGAGUAUAAAAUAAGGAAAAAAAUUAGA